AUGAAAGGAUUUAUGAAUCCAAUUUUUCAUCCUGUUGAUGAUGAAAUUGUGGUUGAAGAGAGAAGAACUUUUCAAAUACCUUUAUAAAAUUUUGGUUCGAAUAUCGAAUUGCCUAAGGAAUAUGAGCGAAUUUUUUCGUCAAUCACAGACUCAUCCUAACAGCUGAAUGAUAGCCUAUUAUAACCAUUUGAUAAUUCAAAAUAUGAAUAAACCCUCUUAAUUUAGAAUAAUAAUAGUCUUUCGACAAAUCAUCCUUCGUCAUAGAAAAAUUAGCGACCAAUCGUUAAAUUUGACAAGAAUUCCUUAUAAUAAAUUCUGUAAAUCCUCUCUAGUUAUCAUCAAUGUAAAUAAAAACCACAGAAGGAAUAAAUAAUAAAUCAAAUUAAUAAUUCAAAGAAAAUUAAGAUUUCUCCUGAGACAAAACAUUUUCAAUUCAACAAAAUGAAAAAUGUAAUCAAAAACGAUUCGACUCCUAAAAACCAACCUCCAUCUAAAUCAAAUGAAAAUGAUAUUAAAUCUCAUAAGCAUAGAUCAUCAACCAACUAUACUCCCAGAGUUGAAACAUCAGCCAUCACAGUAGGUCACUAUAGUUCCAAAAAUUUGGAUGCAAAUCUUAAUUAGAAGUAAGAUUAAACAAAUAUUAUUUAACUCCUACAAAAAAGAACAAAAUCUCAAUAUUACCCUAAAUAAUUGAUUAAAACCUAAAUAGAUGAUAUAAAUGGGAAAAUCAUACAACUGAAAAAUCUCAUCUUAAAAUCCAUCAAAUACGACCCCUUAUUGGAACCUAUCCAAGUUUCGAUAGAUAGGAUUAUUAAACAAAACGAAGAUAGUAAUCUCCUUCAAAAAGAGGUAGUCCACCUUAAAGACAUUACAAACUCAAAAUCAUUUAAGGAAUCGAAAUACAAUAUUUAAUUUAAUAUUUAAAAAUUAAUAUCUGUAGUUAAAGAGAAACAAAAAAAGAUAGAAAUAAUAAUGAUAUUCAAUAAAGAUGGUAGCUCAAAUGAUAGUCAUUAAAGUCCAAAAGCAAAUUGUAUAUUGUCAAGAUAAACAACAUCAGACAAUAUUACAGAGGAAAUCUAAGAUGACAAAAAACGAUUUUUUUAAUUAGUUGUAAACAGAAAACUCGAAUUGCCCUUUAAUCACCCAAACAAAGAAGUAAUGCUUCAUGAAUUAUAUGACAAAGCCAUAAAAAUGGGUAUAAAGAAGAGCGAUUGGCAAUAAUUUAUUGUUAAUGAAUUGAAAUUUUGA